UUAUCAAAACAACUUUUUUCCCUCUCGGUCGGUCGUCGCGAUUCGUUCAAGUUUUGUUGUGAAACGUAUAUUCUUUUAAUGUUAUGUUUUAAAUGAAUAAUGGCUUAGGUAAACUCUCGAAAUUCGUCUCAGAACGGUUUUUAAGAUUCCCUUCUGAGUACACGUCCAAUUUGGACGAAUUUGAUACAUUUAAAAAUGGAUAACACAAUGGACGCCGUAAAAAAGAUCUGCCCAAACUGCAGUCAAUUUUACUAUAUAAUCUUAACAUCAUCUAAACUGAAAGGAAAUUUGCCUCUAUUCCUAUCAUGUGGCCAUACAAUGUGCGAGAAUUGCAUUGUCAAUAUUAUGAAAUGCAUGGAGCCAAUAGAGUGCAAAGUUUGCCUGCGAGACAUAGAUCUCCAGGGUACUAAUCUUAAUGAGUUACUUCAAGACAAAUCUAAGCUGUACCAAAAAUUCCCUGUGAAUGUACAGAUGGCUGGUGAACUAACUGUUAAUCUAAUGAUGAUGGCUUCAAACUCCACUCAAAAGAAAACUGAAGAAGACAGUUUUAUUAAUUUAAAGGAUUUGAUUACGAGUGAUGUAACACAAGGCAAUUGUCUAGAAUGCAAUGUGGUGACAUCUAAAAUGUGUAAGGAAUGUGUCACCAUUUUGUGUGAUGCCUGUUUCCAUAAAACACAUAAGAACUUUGUAAUUUUCAAGAACCAUGUUCUUCAGCCUAUAGAAUCAGCUGCACAGCCAGUCAACUGCAAAUUGCAUCUUGGCAAACCACUGGAGUACUAUUGCAAAGAUUGUGAAAAGGCUAUAUGUACUGAUUGCAUGAUCCUUGGUGGUGAGAAAUCAUGCAAGAACCAUGAUGUGGUGUCACUACAGGAAGUGAAUGAAACCUUCAUGGAAGAGUUGAGUGAAUGGUCUCCAAAAGUUGAUGAGAUCUUAAGAAGACUUACAAAAACAGCUGUUGAUAUUGGACAUUUGCUUCAUAGCUAUGAAAGUGACACUGGAUCAGCUAAAGAAAUUACCAAGAUAAUGGGUAAUGUUGACCAGCAUUUCUCGAAACUAUUUUCCAUAGUGCAAAAACAUAAGGACGAAAUCACAAAUAUAAUAAUGUACUUAAAAUUUUCUGAGAAAAACUCCCUCAAGAAAGCUAGAUCUGAAAUUGCAAAUUCUAUAAAAAAAGCAAACAAUGUGUUGAAGAUGAUAAAAACUGCUACAAAGGUUGAAAAUAUUAAACAGAUUAAUCUGCCAAGUCUUUUAGAAGAGGCUAAACAGAUUGCUAAUUCUCCAUGGUAUCUAAAUAGGAAGGAAGCUACCUCUGAAUCUCUCAAGGUGACUGUGAAUGAAGAUCUAUGUUCCUUGAUCAGUGACUAUGUGCACUUGGAAGGCAAUGUCAAAUCUGUGUACAAGCUUUAUUCAACAUCGGAAAUAGGUGAUGAUGUAGAAAUACCUCCACCUCCAAACUCUCUUGUUUAUCCACCGGAAUUGCCCAAAGAUGCAAGACUAUCAUCCCAAUCGAAACCAAAAGAACAUCAGCAACCGUACAAGUUUGCUCCCAAAUACCGCAGCAAGAGUGGAUCUGUUUCAUCACUCAACUCAAGCUGCAGUGAAACCUCAACCAGGAGUUACUUGACUCAAAAUUCUUAUGUGCAGCAGCCUGUUGUCCAACCAGUUGCACCAUUUCAAGAAAAUUUACGUCCACAACAACUUUCUGAAGGUUCCCAAGAGUUGAUCUACAUUUCUCAUAUUGUGGACCCUCACAACUUUUUCGUACAACGAGCGUGCUUCCAAGGAUUGAUCAAAGAUAUGGUACGCGAAUUUAGAAACGCAGUAUCAUUUGUCAAGCCGUCUGUGAAUCAUAUUACUCCCGGUAAAACAUACUUGGCUUUCAAUAAGGCUGAUAAUAUGUGGCAAAGAUGCCGAGUUAUUGAUACUGACACGAAAAAUAAUAAGACUAUUGUCCAAGUAUUUUGUUUUGAUUUCGGAAGCAUCGAGUUUGUUUCCCCCGAUAGGUUACGUAUUUUGCCACCAUCACAGUGUUCAUACCCCUUGGCCAUUAAUUGUUCUUUGGCCAAUUGUGUGCCGAAAACUGGCGCUUGGACCAGCGAAGAUUCGUUCCUUAUACAAAACAUAAUUGACAACAAGCAAGCUGUGAUUCACAUUCGAAGCAUCAAACCUCUAUCGAACGGAGACUUCCAAUUGGACUGUGAUGUCACUACUUUUGAGAACGGCAUCAAUCUUGCACGUGCGUUAGUGUUCCACGAUCGUGCUAAAAUGAUGCAGCCAAAUCUACCGUAUCCAAAAAUUAUGGGCUUGAAAGAAAAGCCGAAGCUGUUCACAAGACACAACGAAUUCAGAAAUGACACUCCGGAAUUCGUGUGGAUCACACACGUGGUCAGCCCUGACAAAUUCUUCGUCAGAAAACAACACCUUCAAGAAGUUUAUGAAAAACUUACUGAAGAUUUAGAACAGGAGUAUAGCCUCGCUUCUAAAGUUGGAACAGUUUAUCUGCCAGAAAUAGGCAUGGUGUGCGCGGUGAAUCUCGAGAACUGCAGGGACAGUGUUCCGGAGACAGCUUGGGCUCGCGGCAUCGUGAGCGAGCUGCCGGGCCGCGGCCGCGUCCGGGUGACCCUGCCCGACUCCGGCCACGAAGUACUGGUUCACUGGACUGCGCUCCGGUACAUACGACCCAACUUCACUAAGCUCAGCGCACUGGCAACGGAGUGCUACCUGGCAGGGAUAACGCCAUUAAACAAAAAAUGGAAAGCUGCUGCAGUGGACCUUUUACAGAAAUAUACAGGGAAUAUGCUAGAACUGAAGGUAGAAGACAACCGUAACAAAGUGGAGCGCAACCGAGGCUCGAUCGGUGUCACCCUGUAUGAUCAUGCAGAUGAUCAUGUGGCUUGCAUUAACAAUGAGAUGAUCAAGCAUAGAUUUGCUGUAUCUUUUGGGGUUUACGGGUUUAACCAAAACCCUGUAGAAGAGCAGGUCCGAACAAACAAAUCACCACUGGCUCAACCUAAACCACCUGUACCAAAAACAUCGCAGGUUAGAAUAUUAAAUAAACAAACGCCUAAAAAGGUUAACGAGGAUGAUUUGCAGGCAAAAGACAAGGGACCUCUAAGGCUUGAGGUGAAAAUUCUGAAUUAUCAAUCACCUUCAUUGAUAUACGUUUCAUUAGUUCAUCAACAAAAAUCAUUCAAUGAGCUGUUUGAAAAAAUGCAAAAGUAUUACUCUAAGAACAUAAAAGGCAAAGAAAACUGGAAGGUUGGUGACAAAUGUGGCGCGUUCUGUCUGCAGUCACAAACGUGGCGCCGCGCCUAUAUAAUGGAAUUGGAAAAUGACACUGCAAAGGUGUUUUACAGUGACUUUGCUUUUACUGAAACCAUCCCUAAAACUAGUUUGAAAGAACUCACUUCUGAAUUUUCUUCGUUUGGUGAUGCGGCUAUAAAGUGCCACCUAUGCGGCAUAAUGCCAGCUGUGGGAGAUGAGUGGCCUCUUAUUACCAAGGAAUAUUUAAAAGAACUCAUUGAUGCAUACAAAAGAAUUUUUAUCACCAAACUGGGCAAUUUUAAAGAUAAUAGUAUGCCUAUUCAACUGUGGGUGUAUCACACUGUUCAUGGAGGCGCUUUGGAACCUAACAAGUCUACAUGGCGUUGUCUAAAUAAUAAAAUACUUGAACAAGGUCUUUGUGUUCCUGAUCACUCACAAGUGGUUGCAGCUGAUAGCAUUACUGAAGAUAAUGGAGACACUUUAUCGUUUCUUAAUAUAACCGGAUCUGUAAAUGAAUGGUUACAAUUAGAACCAGUCCCUAUGGUAUCACUGAAAACUAUAAAAACUGAUGAUGAAGCCAAUGAAGGUUCAUCAUCACCUUUUCUUGAAGGUGAAGACAGUGAUGGUGUAGCUAAACCGGGACAAUCGUCUAAUAUUUUGUACAUAACCGACUGGUUACCGCCCGAACCACUGCCCUACAAAGAAUUCACUGCAUUACCAACGUAUAUAGACAACGAUGGUGUGAUUUACUUACACGAUGUAAAUCAACAAGAUACGUUGGAUCUUAUUCGUAAAGCUCUCGAUGUACGCUUUAAAGCUCCUGAUCCAAAAGCGAAGUUUACUAAAUGGAGCGUUGGGGAGCCGUGCGCAGCACAGUUCUUUUUAGAUAACCUAUAUUACAGAGGUAGAGUACUUGAAGUUAAUACUGAAAAUUCUACAUGUAUGAUUCACUAUAUUGAUUAUGGAAAUGAAGAAAUAUGCUCCUUUGCAAACUUGAGGAAAAGUGUUCCUCUUCACCAAAUACCUACGCAGGCACACAAAUGUGUUUUAAGCCGCAUCCGUCCCAUUGGACAACAGUGGGACAAACAUACAUUGGACUAUAUUCACAAGUCUAUUGUUGAAAAGCAGUGUUAUGUGAAAGUAACUGGUGAACCAGUUAAUGGGGUACUGCCAAUAGAGUUGAAAUACGACAAGUUAUUGAUAAACGAACAUUUAGUAGACUUUGAAAUGGCGGAAUACAUAGAUGGUACUAAACCUGUAGAAGUAAGGGCAUUUGCUUCUAAGAAAAAAACAAAUCAAACAGUUAAAGAAGAAGUUGUCGAGUCUGACUCUAGCCCCGACUACAUUGUAGUAGAUGAUACUGACACUAACACUAUAACAGAUCAGUUAUCUACAUCCAAAGAAUCUUUAGACAACUCUCUAAAAGGAAUAGACUGGAAUAAAAUAAUUGAUGCUGAAGAAUCUAUACCAGAUGAAAACUAUAUCACAUAUCCGAAAGAUAUCAAGGAGGAAUUCGAGUGUAACAUCACAGUUAUAAACGAUAUUAAAGCAUUAGAGCUGAAUGUAAUUGCAGAUGAUGAUACAACUAAAAUUUACGAGCAAAUGUUUGAGGACCUACAAGCUGAAAGCAUGAAUGGGUCUCCACUGAACGGUAUAUUUGAAAAUAAAGCAUGUGUGGCAGUUUUUCCUGAAGACGGUCGCUGGUAUCGUGCAUCAAUUUUACAAUAUAGUGAGGCGAAAAAUCGCAUUAAAGUUAAAUAUGUUGACUAUGGCAACAUAGAAAUUAUUCCAUUAUCUGAUGCUAAAGAAAUUUUAGAAGAGUGGGCGACACUUCCACCUGCAACUGUAACAGCCAAAUUAUUUGGGGUCCAAGUAAAUCCGGAUGUUAGUAUCGGUGAUAUUACUAAGGAAUAUGCAAAAAUUUUCUUGGAUCAAGGGCCGUUCCAUGUGAAAGUCAUGGGCUAUGACGAAUCUGUGCCAUUAGUAGAGCUUAGAAAUGACAAGCAGGAAUUAGUUUACAAAAAACUUAUAGAAGAUAAGAUUUUUAUUGUGUCAUUAAUGUAAGAGUUAGUUAAUGUUCUUUUAUUUUGUUUUCUUUCGUUAUUUUAAGUCGAACUUAUUUGAAACUCUUUCUUUUGUUAGCUUCACCUAAAUACUUAUUGUACCUGUUGAACAGUUACUUCGUUUAACUUGAUUUAAAAUAAAACAUUCCUAUUAA